ACGAUCCUUGAUGCGCCACCGUGUACCAAAUUCCCAGUCAAUUACUACUCCACAGUCUCCUCUCAACGUUAUUUCCACUCCCCUCAAUUCGAUCGGAAAUACCCUAAUCGAAGAACAGAGAUCCAUUCCAUGGCUCCCAAACCGAUCGCGAGUCCGGUUCCAGAUGCGUGGUACCCAACCUUAGCUGUUUUCAUGCUCGCCGUUGGCCUUGUGGUCACCGCUUCUUUCUUCAUCUAUGAAGCAACUUCUUCUAGAAGAAACCGUAGUCUUGCCAAGGAGCUUACGACUGGAGCAGUGGCAUCUGUCUUCCUGGGUUUCGGAUCAUUGUUCUUGCUACUUUCAGCUGGCGUCUAUGUCUGAUUUUUAGAAACUGAGCUAGUUUACGAAAAUUUGUCUUUCUUAUAAAUGAAGGAUAUUUUGUUUGUCAUUGUUACUCAGAACUUCUUUUGUUUGUUUAUCAAAUGAGGAUAGUGUCAUUUAUAACAUGAAAUCUUUGUCAUGUAGAGGAGAGGAUACUUUUGCAUUAUAUGAUGUUCUUAACAAUCUAUCUAUUACAUUUGCUUCUGGCUGAAACGGGUAAUUUG